GUCAAGAAUAGUCAGAAUCCUUCCACAUUUAUGGACACUAAACUUACAAUCGACAAGUUAGGACAAAAACCGAGAUAUAAUCCUGGAGGAACGUCAGCACUGUCGAUGGUACGUAGCAAUUCAAAACCCUUAUCAUCCGCAGUUCGAAGCAAUCAACAUUCAUCACAACUCAGUAAGUAA